AAGCAGAUAUAUCAACACACUGCACUCCAUUAGCCUUUUUCUUAAGACACAAACUUCUUGAUAUCAUAAUCAUAUAUUGAUUUCAAUGGCAGCAACCACCCAAUCCACGGAGGCUCCACGGCGGUUGGCCAACUUCUCCCCUGCCGUUUGGGGUCACGAUGACUUUGCUUCUUUUGCUUCUAAUCAAGAUUCGGAGUACGGAUCGUACACAAAGAGAGUGGAGGAGUUGAAAGUACAAGUGAAAGAUAUGUUGUCUUCUACAAAUGAGAUUGUGGAGAAAGUUGAGCUGAUUGACUUGUUGGGUCGUCUUGGUAUUUCGUAUCACUUUGAAAGUGAAAUUGAAGACCAGCUUAUGCAAAAUCUCGACAUAGUCAAAACUAAACUCGUGGAUGACGACAAUGACUACGGCCUAUACGCCGUUGCACUUCUGUUCCGCGUCUUCAGACAACAUGGUUACAAAAUUUCUUGUGAUGUGUUUGACAAAUUUAAGGGAGAUGAUGGAAAGUUGAAAAUGAGUCUAGCUAGUGAUGUAGAGGGGAUGCUAAGCUUGUACGAAGCUUCUCACUUGAGCAUGCAUGGAGAGGAUGUUUUGGAUGAAGCACUUGGUUUUUCAAAAACUUCUCUUCAUUCCGCGGUGACCCAAUUGAACCCACACUUUGCAAACCAAGUUGCCCAUGCAUUGCAACAACCUUAUCAAAAGGGCAUUCCAAGAAUCGAGUCAAGGCAAUACAUCAAUUUCUAUGAAGAGGACGAGUCUCGGAAUGAAAUUCUGCUCAAAUUAGCGAAAAUCGAUUUUAAUCGAGUACAAUUGUUGCACCAACAAGAGCUAAGUCAUGUCUCAAGGUGGUAUAAAGACUUGCAGAUUGCUUCAAAAUUUCCUUAUGCAAGAGACAGAAUUGCUGAAAUCUAUAUGUGGACUGUUGGGUCUAACUUUGAACCACAUUAUGGACGUGUCCGAAUCUUUCUUACUAAAAGUGUGACAAUGAUAUCAAUUUUAGACGACACAUACGAUGCUUACGGUACAAUUGAAGAACUUCGACUCUUGACUGAUGCAAUAGAGAGGUGGGACAUUGGUGCCAUUGAUCAAUUACCAGAUUACAUGAAAGUUCUUUACAAGAUGAUUCUAAAUCUCUACGAUGAAUUCAAGAACGAAUUGAAAAACGAAGGAAGAUCUUCCUGUGUUGCUUAUGCUAGAGACGCGUUAAGAGAAAUGGUGAAAGCCUACCACGUUGAAGCUGAGUGGUGCAACAAAAGUUAUGUACCAACAUUCGAUGAGUACAUGGAGAAUGCAUUGAUCACAAGCUGUUAUCAUGCAAUUCCAGCUGCAUGUUUUCUAGGCAUGGGAGAAAUUGCAGGGAUAAAAGAAUUUGAAUGGCUCAAAAGCAUCCCGAAAAUGGUUAGGGCUUCCGAGAUGAUCGGUCGUCUUAUGGACGACAUAAUGUCACAUAAGGAGGAACAAAAGAGGGGGCAUGUUGCCUCAAGCGUUGAGUGCUUUAUGAAGCAAUAUGGUGUGUCAGAAGAAGAGGUGGUUGAAGAUUUCCAAAACAGGGUUGCGAAUGCAUGGAAGGAUAUUAAUGAAGAGUGUAUGAGACCAACUGCUGUGUCUCUUCAUCUUCUGAUGCCAAUUCUGAACCUAACACGCAUCAUCGAUGUUGUCUACAAGAACGACGAUGGGUAUUCAAAUCCAGUCAAUUUGAAGGAGCAUGUCAAGUCUUUGUUCAUUGAACAAAUACCAAUGCAAGAUUAAUAAUAUAUGGAGAGGAUAUAUAUCCACACGUGUGCUGUUUCAUGUAUUUAAUAGAUUUGCAUGCAAUAUUUGUUCUCAUGUACUUUGUUCUCAACUCAAUGCUUUGUAUUUUUUUUUUAUUUUUUAUUUUGGGAACAAACUUCUUUGUAGACCAUCAUCAAGGGUUGAAUAAAGUUUUUUU